CUACUAUUGAGCUCGGCUUACUUUAGGGAGUGGAAAAAGUCUCUAGCCUACAGCAGGUGGGAGGGGUAAUAACUGCUGCGGGCCACUUCCUGGUUUCAUCUGACACGGCUUGUUUCAGCUCACAGGACACGAAAGCCUGUGCAACGGAUAUGGGUGUGUUAACUCUUCAGCUUUUGGUAUGUGGCCAACUGUUAUUGUAUUCGUUGGCUGCGGAAAACAAAACAGACCAAAUUAUCCAGUCGACAUCAAUGACGACCAACACGUCACAGAUCACACCUCCUGGAACUGCUGAAUCUCUGAAUACAACCGGAAACUAUACUGAAAACAAUGUCUCAACGCCAUCAAGUCAUUUAAUAAACGGUUCUUCGACAACCUCAGCUACCCCGAUGACUCCUACUCGACCCCAGAACACGACUUCUGACCCCAAACAAACAAAUGUAACAGUCUCCGGAUCAACAGUGAAGCCAAACGAGACAACAACACAGAUUUACAACACGACCAAAACAAGCACCUCAUCACCGACAACAACAGUCAAUGUUAGUACAACAGCAAUCACAUCUCGAAACAACACCCCUUACAGCAGUACCACUGUAUUAACUACAUUAACCACACCGCUAGUAACAAAACCAACAGAGAAAACUUCAACCACUGUUACUCAAAACAACUCAACUGCUAUCAAUAAAUCUUCAGUUGGUCUGAGUAGUUCAGAGAAAUCUCUGACUGUUUUAUUCAGUGCUCUGCUUGGUUUAAUUGUCCUGAUAGUUCUGGUGUACUUUAUGCACAAGUACAGAAAACGCAAUCAGACCAGGGUCCAAUAUACUCAUCGGCGUCUUCAAAGCGACGAUACAGGAGAGCAGUAUGCUGGGGCAGAUGACACGCUGGUCAUUUCAGGAGGACUUUACGAUGGCCCUCAGAUUUACAACCCCACCAUGACAGUACAAAAUGAAGAAGAAUUUCAGGCCGACGCAUCUGGAUUUGGCUACGCAUCUUCUCAGUUCCGCUUGGAGUUUCUGAAAGAAGAGCAGCAAAGAGACCCUGACCGUGAUGCCUCCACCUUUCACUCAUUUAAUGCAAAUGAUCAAGAGCCUUAAAACAUCAAUGCAG